UGUGUGUGCGUGUGUGAUGUGGUGAAUUGUGUGCACGCAAAAUGCACCAUGACCAACUCGUUCGUUUCUGAAAAAGCGUCCAUCCAUAUUGGAGUAAAAUAACGAAAUGGAGGGUGAAACCGAAAAACUUUCAACUGUAGUUGAAUCUACCAUGGAUAGUACCUAUCAUACCAAUACAACCUCUCCUGUACCAGGAAUCCCGGAUGCUCCUGUACCAGGAAUCCCAGAUGCUGCAACCGACUCCUUCGCUGUUGAACAGUUAGUUCUAUCUUCAGUAAAAAAGAAAGACUCACCCACAGUUGAGAUACUACCUACUAGUACACCCACAGCUGAACUGACGGUUACAAUUGAAUCGAUAGAAACGUCCACGGUUGAGCUAGGGUCUACAAACACACAAACCACUGCUGAGCUUAAAGACAUGCCCAAAGAUGGGGUAACGGACACGGCUAUAGUUGAGCUUACAGACACACCAGCGGAUGAGUUCAUAGAUAUAAGCAGCACACCAGUAGCUGGUCUAGUAGACAGAACAGUAGAGGAGCAGAUAGAAACAUCCAUAGUUGAGGUAAUACAUAUAGACACACCAACCACGGUAGAGCAGAAACAAACACCGAUUGUUGAGCAGAAAGACACAAUCACAGUUGAGCUGAUGGACACAACUGACGAAGCAGCAGUGGAACAGAUAGACAAAUCCACAGAUGCAAUAAACACACCAUCCACAAUAGAGCAGAAACAUGAACACGAACCCACAGUUGAACAUCUAGGCACUACGUCCAGUAUUGAGAUCGUUGAAAUUGGUCACGAGACGACACUGUUCGACACUGUGGAGACCAUCGUAAGAGAGGAAGGUCAAACUGUGGAAGACAACACUGACCUCAUCCCACAGGAGUCUAAGACCGAUGUGGGAGAUCAAGAAGUCGCUGACCAAGAGACCUUUAUUGUUAUUGUCGGGUCGUCUCAGCGCCAGCAACCCAAGCUUGUCGACUCCAGAGGAUACUCUUACACUAAGCACACCAAUAACAAGGACGGCACUAUCACAUGGAGAUGUUCCGUUCGGAACACCCGCAUGUUUUGUGGGACAACAGUAAAGCAGUUUGGUGACAAGUUUGUGCAGGGGAGUCGGGACCACUGCCACCCUGGUCUUCCAGGGGAACAUAUCUCGGCACAGAUCAGGUCACAGGUCAAACAGAAGGCCCAAGCCCGGGUAUUUCAACCUGCCCGCCAAAUCGUUGAUGAAGUACUGAUCUGCAACGUUGAUAAUAUCCCUUAUGCGUCGCUACCCAAUCCACGCAACCUGACCCGGUUAGCCAAUCGGUCUCGAAAAAGACAGAAGGAUGAACAGUCAGAUACCAAACGAGGGAGGUCUAACAAGCGUCACGGGCAUAAACGCCACAGAAAUAGAUCCAGCAGCAGUAGCAGUUCGUCAUCGCGGAGUCGAGGUAGGAGUAGACGUCGAAAGAAGCACAAACGACAUCGAUCUUACACCAGUUCAUCCUCUUCCUCAUUUUCCUCCUCAAGUGAUUCAUCGGAAUCAGACAGCUCAUCAAGCAGAGAGAGAAAAAGACACAAGAAGAAAAAAAGAAAGGCAUCCACAUCAAAGAGAAGACACAAGAAACACAAGAGGAAGUCGAGCAAAAGGAAGAGUAACAGUGAGAAGAUGUCAGGUCUUAGCCAACUUUCAAAGUACUUGAAAGAACAUCAGACUUUGAAAGUAGCGAAGAAAACCAAGAAUGCUGCGAAGAAAAAAAAGGAAGCUGAAGAUUCGAGUCAAGUCAAGCAGGAGAUGAGAAAAUAACUUGACUGCUAUGAAAGUUGAUUUGAAGAACAUCUGGAGAUCAAGAGAUUACAAGAAGUAGAGGAACCUUGAAGCUGCACUUGAUUUAAUAAUGCAAAGAAUUUUGUAGAUAUGUGACAAGGUCUAAUUGUUAAACAGCCCUUGCUGGUUCAGAGAACAUUUUCUGGGUCUCUUUUGUCCCCCUUUUUCGGUAGUUGUACCAUCAUGUUUGUUUUUUUUAAUUUUGGUUUUUACCCUGACAUCGAUUUGUGUUAACACUGUAUACUUUCCGAACUUCUGUGAAAAAAAUCAUAGGCAUAUUACUCGGGUGGGAUUGGAACCACCUUGCAACUCUAGAGUAGUAUCUUACCAACAAGACCACCUAGUUUGCCCGUUUUUUUUUACACCAGAGUAAUGCCUGUUAUUUUGUUCAAAGAACUCGUGGAAAGCACUGCAUACACAGUACUAACACACAUCAGUGUUAGGGUAAAAUCCAAAUUAAUUUUUUGUAUCCCUGAUACAAAUUUAACAUCUUUUUUUUAUUUUUUAUUAAUUGGUUUAUUGUUAAAAACACAUUGCAGCCACAGGCUGAAUUACAUGCAAUUUACAAAGUAGAAAAAUACAAUAUUAAAACUCGGGCAGUCUGAGAUAAAAUUUUACAAGCAAGCACACUUAGACUCACGAUCCUUAAAAGAAGAUAAUGGAGAAAAAAACUAAAUAGAUUUGGGUGAACCUCCAAAAUAUUGAUUGGUUGAUACAAUACUAGACCUAUUUAAACAAUAAUGUUUGUUUGUGAUAUACUUAAAGGCAGUGGACACUAUUGGUAAUUGCUCAAAAUAUUUAUUAGCAUGAA